CAGUGGGUAGACAUCCCCGCUCAACUAGCGAUGUAUACAAACUGCGUGGUCAAAAGGGAUGAGUUAAAUUAGUUAAGGACAAGAAAAGUGUGCAGUGCAUUUAGCGAAGAACAUGGCUAGCCUGGAUCUGCGGCAAAGCUCAACGCUACACAGCCUGGUGUGCCAGUCGAUAUUGGUGCUGUUGUGUUUGGUCUGUUAUGGCUAUGGCGGCCUGAGCGGUGCCAAAUUUGUGUUCGAUGACACCGUUGCCAUAGUGAAGAACAAAAAUGUCAACUCGUUGCCCACCAAUUGGACGGCGAUCUUCAGUCACGACUUUUGGGGUGCACCGCUCCUAAGCGCGGAUUCACACAAAUCUUUCCGGCCGCUGACAACGCUUAUGUUCCACUACGAAUACGCGUUACUUGGCCUGAAUGCUGCGCACAUGAAGUUUCUCAAUCUGUUGCUGCACUGCGUCAAUACGCUGCUCAUGUGGCGCCUUGUACGCUCGCUGUAUGUGGAGGACAUUGACAUUGAACGAUGGGCGACGCUAUCAGCGGCACUGUUUGCCGCCCAUCCGGUGCACACAGAAGCCGUAUCCGGCGUAGUGGGCCGAGCGGAGCUUAUGUUUGGACUCAUACAUCUGCUCUGUCUGCUCCUAACAGUCGCCAGCGCAGAUAAGCCAGGUGGCAGCAGCGUUAUUCUCAUUCUGUUGCUUACGGCAGUGGGCAUGCUGUUCAAGGAGUCUGCCAUUACAAUACCGUUAUGCUGCAUUAUGCUGGACUACUUUCAGAAUGGCACCUAUAUGCUGCCGCUGAAGCUACAGCAGCGAGUGAUCACCUCACGUCUGCGCUACCUGUGCUAUAUAUGCGGCAUGCUCUCGCUGCUGCUCCUGCGCCUCUGGUGGCAAAACUUCGAGGCGCCGGAAUUCAAGCCUGUGGAUAAUCCAAUAGCACACAACGAGCAGCUGCUCACGCGAGGUUUGUCGCAGCAGUACCUGUACGUGGUGAACUUCUGGCUGAUGCUAUGCCCACAGUGGCUGUGCUUUGACUGGGCGCUGGGCUGCAUCAAUCUGGUGACCAGCAUUUGGGAUAUGCGUCUGCAAGGCGUCAUUGCCUUCUACUCAUUCCUCAUUGUCUCCCUCAUGAACUUUCGACGACUCGCAGGCCUCAUGCUCGGUUUGGCAUUGAUGGUUAUUCCAUUUCUGCCCGCAUCCGGCAUCAUCCGUGUUGGAUUUGUCAUUGCGGAGCGCACACUGUAUGUGCCAUCGAUUGGCUUCUGCCUGGUGUCCGUCUACGGCUUCCUCUACUGCUAUAAAAACUAUGCGGGCAACAGAUAUUGCCGUGUGGCUCUGCAGGCGCUUCUCAUGCUGCUCUUUGCCGUGUUUAUGCUGCGCACAAGGCAACGGGCGGCCGAGUGGUUAAACGAGGAGCAGCUGUUCAGCUCGGCGCUGCAGGUGUGCCCCAACAAUGCCAAGGUGCACUACAACAUAGCGCGGCUGGCCACGGACAAUGGCAACAGCAGCCGUGCCUUCCAUCACUAUCUGAAGGCUGUCGAGCUCUAUCCGGAGUACGAGUCGGCGCUGAUGAAUCUGGGCAAUCUCUAUCGCGAGUAUGGGCAAUUGGAGACAGCUGAGAAGUACAUACGUGCUGCCUUGGCUGCCUAUCCCGCCUUUCCCGUGGCCUGGAUGAAUCUGGGCAUCGUGCAGUCGGCGCAAAAGAAAUACGACCAGGCGCUGGAUAGCUAUAGACAGGCCCUCAAGUAUCGCUCUGACUAUGCCGUCUGCUACUACAACAUGGGUAAUCUGUUUCUGGAGCAGCAUCAAUACGGCGAAGCACUGCAUCAUUGGCAGCAUGCCGUUGCCAUUAAUCCGCGACAGCCUAAAGCUUGGGCCAAUAUUCUAACCAUGUUGGAUAACCGUGGCAUGUACGAGGAUGCGCUACGAAUCUCCGCCCAGGCGCUGACCCAACUGCCCAAUGAGCCGAGCAUUCUGUUUAUACGUGCGAAUGUUCUCGGCAAGCUGAAGCACUAUCUGGAGGCAGAGGCACUGUACAAACAGGUCAUUGAAUUGGAGCCACGGAACAUGCUGUAUCAUACGAAUCUCGGUGUGCUCUAUCAUCGCUGGGACAAGCUGGAGGAAGCCAUCGAGUGCUAUCAGACUGCCAUUAGUAUUAAUUCCUCGCGGGCGACAACAGCGCGAGAUAAUCUCGGCAAACUCCUGAAACGCUUGAAUCGCGAGACGCCUAAGGAAUCACAGCAAUAAGGGCUUUUCCAAAAGGAAACCCUACUCUAAGUUAAAGACAUCUGGUCAUAGCUGUAAGUUUCAUCCAACUUCAUCCAAAAGCAAUCCAAUAUCUUAAUAUAGGGGAAGG